UUUUUUUUGCUUUUCUAUAUUUUCUGUUAUUGUUUUUAACUAGUACUAGUAUUGUCACUUCACACGGACAUAUAGCCUUUUUCUUCCCAUGGUCUGUCAGGAGGCCUAUAAAGGCUGCUUUAGUUGCUGUUUCUGAACAUCUGGCAGGAAUACUUCCUCUCCAUCUUGUUUACAGUGAAGCCCAUGAAACUGCAAUUGAGAAAUCUUAAACAUUUGACUCAUGAAUCUUCUCUCUGUCUCUCACACUCUCUUCUCCAUCCUCCCUACUUUUCAUGCUUGUUUAAGGAACUAAUCAAGUGCCUUCCUUAUGCUGUAUGGAUGUUCUUGUGUGGUUGCAAUGGCCAGCUUUUGACUGUGAUUACUGUGAAGCAUAUUCAAACUACAGGUAUGCAGUACUGUAGUCUUGAACUGUUGGAAUGUUGGCACCAUCUUCUUAAUGUGGCUAUUAAAUAUGGGUGUAUGAGCCAUUUCAUAUACUUGAAAUGGGAGCUUGUCCAAAGACAACUCUUACAAAGGAAGCCAAUUGGACUAGGAAAAUGCUUGUGUCUAUGUAAUGAGAACAAGAGCAAAUUGUUUGAAGUUUCAGGCCACUAUGAGUUCAAAACUCAAGGGUAUCACUCUUUCAUGUUCAAGUUGCUGCAAAUUUUGCAGGAUUUUCGGUGGUUUGUAGGUGGGCAGUCUCCUGGUUACCUAAAUGCAAAAGACUUGAGGCAAAAUAACCAACAGAUACAUUACUAUGGCUAUUUGUUAUAAUUAGUUUCUUUGAUUUAGUUUUUACGAAGUUGUAUGAAACAUUUCAUUUUGAUAGUGAUUAUAAAGUCAUUUAAUAUAUUGAUCCAGUUCACUUU